AUGCAUGAAAAAAACACCGCGUUUCCCUCAAAUAAAACACCGACGCUCCCCGACUUAAAUUGCACAAACCAUCCCGUUGUCCAGCACAGCACUGCAGAGCGGGGCAAGGAGCAGCGUGGCCGGGUAAGGAUUACCCGACGCGGCCCCACGCUCGCCGCACCGCGGCCCCGCGCCACCCUCGCCCCGGCUCCCACCCUCGUUACCGCUCGCUGCCGUGACGGCCGCGCUCCGUGGAACGACUCCGGGCUCCCUUCGAGCCGCCGUCCCGCGCCGCCGAACACGGGAGGGCCGAAGCCGUCGGCAGCCCGCCGCCGGACCCCGGCCGCCCAACCUCCGCCCGCCGCCGGCUCCCGGGCCGCCCCGGCCGCGGCCCCGCGGGGCGCCGGGCUCGCCCCCCACCCUCCCCCGCUGAUUGACGGCCGCGGGCGGCCAAUGACUCCGGUCGACGGCGGCCCGGCGCGUGCCGCAGACCACGCCCCGCGCCCCCGGCCCGGCCCCGUUCUCCCGGCCCUGCCCCCGCCCGGGCGCCGGCUGCCGGCGGAGGAGCCGCCGAGCGCCAACUUUGCAGCGCGCCCCCUGCGCCGCGCGGCUGCGAGCCGGGCUGAGCGGCUCGGGAUGCGGGAGGAGCCGCUCUGCCCCCCGCUACCCCCGGGCGGUCCGUUCCCGAGCGUCUCGGGCCUCCCAGAUCGGGGAUCCACGGCGCUCUCCACCCGAGCGGGGAACUCCGCAGCCCCGGGGGCCGCCGGCCGUUCGCCUUCGCUACUUUCGUGGCGCUCUCCCCCCCCGCUCCCCGGCAGCGGCACGACGCUCCCCGGCCUACACACCCGCCCGGCGCGGAUGGAGGCGGCGGGGGCACGGCCCGGGGAGGAGGGCAGGGCAGGGCGCGCUCGCUCGGCGCCGCCGCAAACCGCGCCGGGGCUGCGGGCGGCUCCGCACCGCACCGCCCCGACCCGGCUCGGAGAAAGGGGGGGGGGUUAG